UAUAAAAAAGGAAAGACUAUUGAUGCUCUAUUUCCAAAGAAGAGUAAAAGGAUCACAAAUCUGAAAUCAACUCAAUUAACCAUGAGUCUCUUGUGAAAAAGUAUAAUAUUUUAUCUAUACCAUGUAUUUUGACUAAUAUGAUUGAAAAAGAACAGCAAUGUGAAGCAUUUAUUGAAAGUAAAAAAUGUUUAGAUUUUAUUUUGAAUGAAGUAGAAAAGGAUAUGGACAAAAGCUUUAUAUGUGAUGUGUUACACUUGCAAAACAGUAAUAUAAUUUUUAACUCAGGCUAUAACUUCCCUUUAAAUUGUAAUGAGAAUGAAUACUUUUUUAAAAACAUUAUGGUUAAUACUAAUAAAAUAACACAAAUAUUUAAUGAAACAAAGGCACAAUCUGAAAGUAAUUUAUGGGUCAAAAUUAGAAAUGAUAGAAUAUCAGCUAGUCUUAAGGCUCAUAAAAUUAAAUCAUGUAAAGAUUUAUCUAUUCAAAAUCAAAAUAAAUUAGCCAUAUCUCUUUUAACUAAUAAAAAUUUAGGUUAUCAAGGUAAAAUUAACGUUGCUUACGGUAAACAAUUUGAAAACAUAGCUUUAGAUUUUUAUUCUAAAAGUUUCAAUACUUCAGUUAUUAAAUGUGGAGUUAUUAUUCAUUCCAAAAAUACAUGGCUUUGUGCUAGCCCUGAUGGUAUAGUUGUUGAACAUGGAAAAUUAGUCAAAGUUUUAGAGGUAAAAUGUCCCAUUUCUUGUAAAGAUAAACCAAUUUUUAAUUCUGUUAAUAAUACAUUGAAUGUGUCUUAUUUAAAAUAUGAAAAAAACCAAAUUUGCCUUAAAAAAAAUCACCAGUACUACACACAAUGUCAAAUUUUAAUGUAUUGUAGUGGUUUGGAUAAAUGUGACUUUUUGGUAUACAAUAAAAUUGAUCCAAUUAUUAUAACUAUUGACAAAAAUGAUAUGUUCUUAAAAAAAAUAUUAAUAAGAUUGGAAUAUUUUUACUUUAACUUUUAUUUACAGAAACUUAUAAAGUCUUAAAUAUAUUUAAACAUAUGUAUUGCAUAAAGUGUAGUAUAUAUUUGUGUUUUAUGACUGUAUCACAAUAACACUAUAAAAUAUCUGUUAUAAUAAAAAAUAUUUGGUACACUCCAGGUUAUACAAAUAUUAUAAAUAUACCAGGAGGUAUGUAAUUAUGUAAUAUCUUAUAUAUUUCAAAAUACAAAUAAAAGUUUAUUAAAUAUAAUAUAAAAAUGUUCAUUUUAAAGUAAAAAAUUAUU